UAUACCACAACGAGCGUGUCCCGUUGGAUUUCUUUUACAACAAACUCUUAUAAACAAAAUGUGACCUACGAUCAAGGCCUUGUUCAUUAGUCGUCGGCAAACGCACAGUUAGACAUGAUACGCUGUGUAGCAGUCGAUGAGUGCUGUUUAGAGUUCAGCUUGGCUCAAAAUUUGGUUUUAAUUCAUUGGAGAUUACAACUAAUAAAAUAUACUACUAAACUUACAAUAACACUCGGUAACAACACUGAAAAAAAAAAUUCUGCUGUACAAGUCACGAAAACAGUUGACAAAACUACGAUUAACCGAAGAGGCAAACAUUACCAACAGAUUUCACAAUUACACAGAUUAUUAAAGCAAAAUAGAAAAUCGAUAUUAACGAUGUCAUCAUCUUCAGAACAUAAAUAUGACAACGCAGAUGAAAAUAUAACUGUAUUAAUAGGCCAAAUAAUAAUGGAUUAUAAUAAUAGAGAAGCGGAACGCAGACAUUAUAUGUUGCAGAAUGCCGAAAUGCCUCAUGAAACAGCACAACAUACUCAAAACCAAGAUAUCUUAAAUUUUCAGAUGAGCAAUAUUAAUGCCGUCACCAAUCCUAGCGAGAUUUUGGAAAACAUUGCACACGAGCCACACUCUCUUAUCUUUCCAAACACAUUCUACAGUCAACAUCCACCCAUUACUAGUAAUGAAAACUAUGAAGCCGUAGCAGCGCUAGCACCUGCGACGAUAGCGAAUGAAACUGAUGUGUCAAGUAACAAUGUAUCGCAAAAUCAUAAAACUCAUGAAAUUGCGUCAAUCAAACAACUUGUACCAACUCACAAUCAGCCGCAGACUUUAAUGGAGUUAAACUAUGACGUAUCAGAAACGGACUCAAUGUCAAUGACAUCUUCGACAGUUUUACCUUCCACACCCGUAAACAAAGAUGAUAAAACGGAUGCUGAAUGCAUCAGGAAAUGUGACUGCACUUCUAAUUGCAAUGACACUUUGUGUAACAGUAAAAUUAAACAUUCAAGUCAUAGUGAACAGAAAUUUGAGUGUUCUGUAAAAGAAUGCAAAAAGUUUUUUAAUUUUCGUUCAGAGUUGGAAAGACAUAUGAGGUCUCAUACCGGUGAAAAACCGUAUGUCUGCACAUGGGAGAACUGCGGUAAAAAAUUUAGUCGAUGGAGCGAUCUGAACCGUCACAAUCUCGUGCACACUGGUGGUGAGGCACAUACGUGCAAAAUAUGUUGUAAAAAGUAUUCGUCAAAAAGCAAUUUGAAGAAACACGAAAAAGAUAUGCAUAAUAUGCACAAAUGACCAUGAAGAAGAGAACAGCAUACAGAAGAAUAUUCAAAUUCUGGAUUUGACAAUGGAAUUAUACCUGCUGAAAUGAAUAAAUAGACGGCGUCGUAUAAAGUAUAGAUAAGUUGUACAGAGUAAAUUGAAUAAA